AUGGCGACGGAAGACGAGCGCUAUCGGCAGUCGAGCCAGUUCCGGCUCUGGUCCUUUUCAAAGGCCAACCUACAAGAAUUACGCGCAAAGACGAACUCGCUCGCUCGAGAACAGAUCGCUCCCCGACUCGCGACAGAUCCUCCUCCCGACUUCCUCACCCCCGAUGAAGAAAUCCGCCUUGUCAAGUUCUUUACAGUCGAACUCAUUCGUGCGGCUCAAUUCUGUGAACUCCCUACCGAAGUUCGAGCGACCGCUGCCAUUUUUCUCCGACGAUUCUACGUGACCAACUCGGUCAUGACCUACCCUGCGACCGACCUCCUCAAGACAUCGCUUUUCUUUGGCUGCAAGGCUGAGGGUUUCUUCUACAAACUCAAUGCUUUUUCGGAGAAGUUCCCAAACACAACAGGUGAACAGAUCCUUGCGGGAGAGUUUCUACUCUGUCAGGGAAUCCGCUUCGCAUUUGACGUGCGACAUCCUUUCAGAGCGCUUGAGGGUGCCAUUCUGGAAUUCAGGCGAAGACUGCCUGAUGAAGAAACAAGAAUCAACAAGGCGCACGCUCAGGCGCGCGAGAUUCUCAAGUUCAGCCCUCUGGUGACGGAUGCGUACUUUCACUAUGCGCCAAGUCAAAUCAUGAUGGCAGCGCUUUCCAUGGUUGACCAUGGAUUGCUCGACAUUCUGAUCCCCUCUCCGGGCCAAGGCGGCAACGCUAGCCAGGAUGCAGUUUUUGCAAACAUGCGGGACAAGAUCCUAGAAGCUGUCGCCAGUUGUCGCAAGAUGCUUGAGGAGGAACCACCAGAAAGGAUGACGGAUUACUGGGGAACGCCCGAAAUCGUCAAGGCGAUGAAACCCCUCCGAAAGAAACUCCAGAAAUGCCGUGAUCCCGAUCGAGCGAAUCUUGUCAAUCUUCAGCGAGCGAGGCGAGAGCAAGUCAUGAACAAAGAAAAGAAGGCAGCCGAAGGUGGUGAGGAUGGAACGGUAUUUGGGGAUGAAUCAAGAGAAACAAAAAGGGUGAAACUCGAGAAUGCAGAUCCUUUUGGCCCUCCUCUAUGA